GUCCGGUCCAGCAGCAGCAACAACAGUGACAACAACAUCAGCUGUCUGCGCCGCAAAUGCCUUGUCUCAAGCAGCCGAAGCCCCUUCCGAACUACGGCCCAUUCCCAGCCCCAACAUUGUGCUAAAUGAAAAACAACUAAACGAAUAGAGUGACCAUGUUACAACAUCCACGCCAUCAGCAACACCAGAACCACAUUCGCCCGGUGAUGGGCGGCGGCGGUGGCGGAGGCGGUCCCAUCAGCCCAAGUUCGUAUCGUUCGGACGACCUGUGUCGCUUCGCAAAUGCGAAUGCCCCCUCAGCAGCAACAGCAGCAGCAGGUUGUAGCGGCGUUGACGACGGACGGCAGCAGCACGGUGGGCUCGUCGACAAGCCAGGUCAGGCCACAUCAUGUGCACCAUUCCAACCCGGCCGAGUUCCAGUAUCAGUGGUUCAUCAAGCUCGAAUAUUUUGCGCCAGGUUUCGACGCGUGCGUCGACUCAACACCCGCAUCAACAGCAGCAGCCGCAGCCGCAACUAUCGUGUAGGCGUCGCCCUGACCGGUGUCCGCGAGGACUUUAGCAGUGGCGAAGAAGGUCGAGCGAGGUGUUCCCGCUGAACAAGCUGGCGGCGUUUCCGCCGGAGGAGAUCCGAAACAUGCUGAGCGUCGAGCAGAACCCCGAGUGGACCAGGGAGAACAUUAUGGCCUACACGAUAUAAAAGCAAUGGCCUCGAAGCACUCCACUUUAUUGUAUUUAUUAUCAUAUUGUGAAAGCAGUCUUUUUCAUUAAUUUAUUGUACAGAAUUUCAAUAAAUAAACACGUUCAAUCUAAUACUUUAAUUUAAUUUUAAUAUCCCUUAAUAAGAAUCCCAAAGAAAAUCCAAAAACGCCCAAAUGUAGGCAAUAUGCAAUUUUCACCCGGUGAAACAUUUCAAUUUCGAUUUUACACGAAAUCCAGUUCGACCCCUGUUACACGAAAGUAUGUAUUUAAUCGUACCUGAACUGAAUUUCGUGUAAUCGAACUCGAUUUCGUGUAAUGCCGAUCCUCCGUGCACACGCUUACCAGGGGAACUCAAAUUUGAGUGGAUCCAAUCAAAACGGCGCAAACCGUAGCCAUACAAAUUUGACAUCGAGUACCUGAACUUAAUUUUAACAUGGUGAAGCCGAUCUCAAAUUUGACAUGCGCUGGGUACCGGAAAAAUCCUCCAGGAAAGCAGAAAAAUGGUUCCGGGAGACGGACAUCGGUUCGGAAUGAUAGUGAAAAGGAAAUUGUCGUUUUGGGCUAGUUUUUU